AGAGUCCGGCCGCGGGAGCCGCACCCGCCGGGGGUGGGGAGGGAGGACACUGGGGAAGUGCCAGAGGCUCGAGUCUGCUUGGCUCCCUGCCAGCGAGAAACCUCACGCCCUGGCUUGCUCAACCUGAGUGUGCCCAGAGUGUCCAGACUUGUGCCCUUUCCCUUGCCACUGUUCCUCCCCACGCCGGGUGUCCUACCCAGCGCGCUAUCUGUGCGCGCCCAGGGCGCGAGCUGCGGACACCCAGCUAGCUCCUCGCUACCCUGUGCAGAGCAUCUCGCGGGCUCUGGAAUCCGGGAGCGCACAGCCCCGGGCUGCGCUCCCCUGCCGUGGGUCCCUCAGUUUCAUGGCAAUCCAUUAACCAGGGUGGCCCAGAGAGGUGCAAACACUCGGACCCGGGAAAACUUAAUUUAGUCGCAGUCCCGGAGGUUGCAGCUGCUAGAGGCUGAGAGAGCGCGUCCGCUUUGUCUCUCUGCACUCCCCGCAGCCCCCCUCCCCCGCUUCCUCUCCCGAUUAACUCCCCCGACACGCUCUUCCCCAGCUCUUCUCCUCCUCCCACUCCUCCUCCUCCCCUUCCUCCUCCUACACCGAGGGCCGCGCUAAUGCGCUUCCUCCCUCCCCCGGUGGCAGUCUCUUUGCAUACGCGCCCCCUCCCCUCCAGCUGCCGCUUAUAGCGGGGCGCGCGGCGGCUGGGGGCAGACUGCUCCGGCAGCCAGAGACGAGGCGGUGCGGCGGUGGCGCUGCGGAGACCGAGUCCAGACGCCAAGCGGCCGCGGCGCGCACGGCGCUUCCCAGCUCCCUCCCCCAGUGCACAGCCCGCCUCCUUCCGCGGCGCCGGCGCUCGCAGGCUCGCUCUCCCCUCCCGAGACGCGCUCCGGGAGACGCUUCGCGGGUCGUGGGCACAGGGUCCACGGCGUGGGGACCGAGAGGCCGAGGCGAACAGCCAGCGCCCCGGGCUGGUCCUCUCCCGGGCAGGCGCCCCUUGCGUGCUCCUUUCGCCGGAGCAAUCGCCGCCGCUUCCGCGGGCUCAGACGCCCGCUUCGUCGCCUCGCUGCCCGUGACCGAGGCAAGAACCCCGCCGGUUGUGCUCUGAGGCCAGUCGCCACUGCUGUGCCAGCAUUUGCAGGUACAUAGGAACUGUCCUGGUGAUGCACUAUUUAAUCAAAAGGGAGAGGUGGGAUAGAUCCUUUGUUCUUGCAACUGGUUUUCCAAGAAUUGGUGUAAAGCAGGAAGAACAGAAAAACAGCAGUCUUGAGAGUGGAAACAAAAUGUCAGUCAGCGUGCACGAGAACCGCAAGUCCAGGGCCAGCAGCGGCUCCAUCAACAUCUAUCUGUUUCACAAGUCCUCCUAUGCCGACAGCGUCCUCACUCACUUGAACCUUUUACGCCAGCAGCGUCUCUUCACCGAUGUCCUUCUCCAUGCCGGAAAUAGGACCUUCCCUUGCCACCGGGCAGUGCUGGCUGCCUGCAGCCGCUACUUUGAGGCCAUGUUCAGUGGCGGCCUGAAAGAGAGCCAGGACAGCGAAGUCAACUUCGACAAUUCCAUCCACCCAGAAGUCUUGGAGCUACUUCUUGACUAUGCAUACUCCUCACGGGUCAUCAUCAACGAAGAAAAUGCAGAGUCGCUCCUGGAAGCUGGGGACAUGCUGGAGUUUCAAGACAUCCGGGAUGCAUGUGCAGAGUUCCUGGAAAAGAACCUGCAUCCCACCAACUGCCUGGGCAUGCUGCUGCUGUCCGACGCGCAUCAGUGCACCAAGCUGUAUGAACUCUCCUGGAGAAUGUGUCUCAGCAACUUCCAGACCAUCAGGAAGAAUGAAGAUUUCCUCCAGCUGCCCCAGGACAUGGUAGUGCAGCUCUUGUCCAGCGAAGAGCUGGAGACAGAAGAUGAAAGGCUUGUGUACGAGUCUGCAAUUAACUGGAUCAGCUACGACCUGAAGAAGCGCUAUUGCUACCUCCCAGAACUGUUGCAGACGGUGAGGCUGGCGCUCCUGCCAGCCAUCUAUCUCAUGGAGAAUGUGGCCAUGGAGGAGCUCAUCACCAAGCAGAGAAAGAGUAAGGAAAUCGUGGAAGAAGCCAUCAGGUGCAAACUGAAAAUCCUGCAGAAUGACGGUGUGGUGACCAGCCUCUGCGCCCGGCCUAGGAAAACCGGCCAUGCCCUCUUCCUCCUGGGUGGACAGACUUUCAUGUGUGACAAGCUGUAUCUGGUAGACCAGAAGGCCAAAGAAAUCAUUCCCAAGGCCGACAUUCCCAGCCCAAGAAAAGAGUUCAGUGCAUGUGCAAUUGGCUGCAAAGUGUACAUUACUGGGGGGCGAGGGUCUGAAAAUGGGGUCUCAAAAGAUGUCUGGGUUUAUGAUACCCUGCAUGAGGAGUGGUCCAAAGCUGCCCCCAUGCUGGUGGCUAGGUUUGGCCAUGGCUCUGCCGAACUGAAACACUGCCUGUAUGUGGUUGGGGGGCACACAGCUGCAACUGGCUGCCUCCCGGCCUCCCCCUCUGUCUCUCUAAAGCAGGUAGAACAUUAUGACCCCACAACCAACAAAUGGACCAUGGUGGCCCCACUCCGAGAAGGCGUUAGCAACGCUGCAGUAGUGAGUGCCAAACUCAAGUUGUUUGCUUUCGGAGGUACCAGCGUCAGUCAUGACAAGCUCCCCAAGGUUCAGUGUUAUGAUCAGUGUGAAAACAGGUGGACGGUACCAGCCACCUGUCCCCAGCCCUGGCGUUACACAGCAGCAGCUGUGCUGGGCAACCAGAUUUUUAUUAUGGGGGGAGAUACAGAGUUCUCCGCCUGCUCUGCUUACAAAUUCAAUAGUGAAACUUACCAGUGGACCAAGGUGGGAGACGUGACGGCAAAGCGCAUGAGCUGCCACGCUGUGGCCUCCGGAAACAAACUCUACGUGGUGGGAGGAUACUUUGGCAUUCAGCGAUGCAAGACUUUAGACUGCUACGAUCCAACAUUAGACGUGUGGAACAGCAUAACCACAGUCCCGUACUCGCUGAUCCCCACUGCAUUCGUCAGCACCUGGAAACAUCUGCCUUCUUAAAUGUAGUCGGUCCUAAAGAAAGUGAGCAUGAGGUCACUCCAUCACUUGACAAGACAAUAUGACGUUUCUACCUUGGAAAGGCCAAGUUUAAUGAAGAGAAAGAAAAAAAGGAAAAGAAGUUGCUGCAAAACUCGCUGCACCUUGUAAAUUCUCUAACUGGACAUGAAGGAAGGGGCUGAGGGAGGGGGGUGGGAUAUUCCGUGCAAGUAGCACAUGGUUUGAAUAUGAAUGCGUGAACCUGUGAUCUAGUCCUUGUCUUGUAAUUGUGGAUUAAUGUCAGUGUGAAUCAGCCUCUCAAAGGGAGAGAAGAGCUGGACCUUUUCCCUUGCUGUACCAUAUUGAGCAUUUGAUUUCCAUGGGCUCCGCCAUUUAUGUGUAACAUUUGAAAUGGUUGUCACCUCUGUCUGAGGAGUGAGCUUGAAGUCUCCAUGCCAGCUGCUGCUGGAGAUUCAAAGCCCAACCGUGGGUCCAGGAGGGAAGCUGGCUGGGCUGGCUGCAGAAUGAGGACCCCUGGACUCUCUGCUCAUCUCUAAGGGGUGUGUUCCCUAGGAAGAUUUCUGAACAAUGGGGACUUGUUGGUAGCCGUUUGGUAGAUGUCUUUUCUAUUUAUAAGUGACUUUAAACUUUUCCCUUGGCUGUUAAAAAAUUUGUUGUAGAUUUAGCUAUUUAUUGUUGGAUGCCUGCAUGCUGAAACAGUGCUUACAGUUGUCUUCACAUGUAUGGACGUGUGUGAAUGGUUGUAUGUUUUGCACAUUUUGUGGCUGGUGAUGUGCUUUGCUGCACAAAAAUGGAAACUUUUGAGCUACAAUUUGGAGUAUAACUGGAGGGUGGGUUGGGGCGCAGGGAGGACUUUUUCAAUGUCGAGACAGGGAAGGAUUACAAGACAAACUUAAAUUGCAUCCUACAGAUAGAGAAACUGUGGAGAUCGCUUUUAAUCUUAGACUCACCAUCUUUUCAUGGGGUUUCAUGGGGUAAGGGCAUGCUGUUGGGGUGAGGGGAGGCUUCUUUCUGUCUUUCUCCCACCUCCCAUCUGAUUCACCUAAUUCAGUCUCAGCUGCUGAAAUUUGGAAAGGACCAAAUUGCUUUACAUUUUUUUUUCCUUUGUGUAAUAUCCUGAAAUCCUGGAAAAUUCUAUGGAAUAGUUCUGUAUAUAGAGCACAGGUGAAGGCAUUGUCCAAAGUUUAUUUAUUUAUCUAUUUAUUACCCUAUAAGAAUGCUUUGCCAUAACCACAGCUAAUGGGAAAAACUGAAACAUCACAGAUAUAAAUUAACUCACUGAUCAGAUUUUCUUGACCUGGACUCAUUGUUGUCUGUUCUUGCUAAACAAUUUAGCAAGUGCUAGAAGUUCUCCAAGACAAUAUUCACAUUGGUACAAUGUAUGCUUCAGUGCUCACCCUUAGGUAAAUCUCUUAAAAAAUAAAUAACUCUUUGGUGCACAAGUGACACAUUUGGCCACAAAACACCAAAGAACUGUAAGCAGUGGCCCCUGUUGAGAAGUUUUCCGGUGGAAUUCGGAAUCAGUUGUGAAUACAUUCUUUGCUAGUUGGAGUGCUUGUUUACUAAGCAUGUGCCGUGGUAGGUGUUAGUGCUAGUCUCAAUUAGGUGCUUCCUCAGAGGUGUGGGGGAAGACCAGAGUUUGCAACUCGAACUGCUUUCGUGGAUAUUUCUCACAUUGCUGUAUUUUAGAAAAUAGGGUUAAGACUGAUAACCUUUCACAUCGUGAGUUUGUUUGCAUUGUCUAAUGACAGAUAAAUCCUUAACAUUUCUCUCCACCUUAGUACUUUAGACUAAUUGUACUUGUCCAUCCGUGCCAUGAAUAAGUGCGCUAUAGUUGGACCAAAAUAAAAUGAGCUGUUGGAAGAAAAGAAUCACAAUACUUUCCAGCAGUCAGUCCCUGGUUCCUAAAUGUGUUCUAAGCAAUGCAAAUGUCUAAUCGUACCCUGGCGGCAUAGUCGAUGUGGUUAUAUUGUAGCAGUUACAGCUCUGUAGUUUAUGAUGCAAAUCUGCCAAGAGAUGUAUGUGUCACUGCAUGGCUUCUGAAAGCAGGAUGAAUUUUCUGCAGCUGUUUCAAAGUUGUGGUCUGUCCUUGAAUCCUCUAUUAAUUACUUUGUGUGAGCCAGAGGGAGCCUCAGUAAGGGUGGGCCCCCAGCCUGCAGGGAACUUUCUGGACUCCUGUCCUUUGAAUUGAUGCAGGCAUUUGGUCUCACUACUUGACCAUUCUCACCCUGUGAAACGUCCCACACUUUGAAGCAAAUGCAAUUCACAGCACAGUACACACAAAAACCUUGGCAUAAGACAGGGAAGGUUCUUCUUAUUUUGUGGACUGGUUGCUGUAGAAACAGACAACAAAGGGCAGCCUUCCACUUCUGGUAUAAUUGUGUAGCCCCUUUUCUCUGGGCUUGACACCUGUCUGAAUAAGAGUGAUUAGAGCUGCAUAAUAUCCCUCUCUUGGCUGUUAAAUAUGUGGUUCACGUACAAAACUGUAUAAGUUGAAGUAAAAUGUUCAUGUUCAUGUGUACUUGUUUGCUACUACUACAUUUUUGAGGUUUUGUAAAACUGUUAUUUUUUUUUUCACAAUGUGAAACUGAAGGUCAAUAAAUUAUUAGAGAUUUUCUCUUCAUU